AACCAGGGAAAACCAGAACUUUCUCCGUUCCUCCUCUGUCUCUCUGUCUGGCACCUGGGAACACCACGGAGACGCUAAACCUGACAGCGUGUGAAAAGCGGCUCCCUUGCAUGCAUGUCUCUGUGUCUCUGAGGCUUGUCGAGUUUUCGCGGGUUUCUUGCCCAGUUUACACACGGAAGAAAGGUUCGCCUCAGUGGAAGAAAGAUUUCGUUUUCCAUACAUGCUUUUUUUCUUCACUCGCUCUCGCUGCGAUGCGUCCCCAGGCGACGAAGCCUCCCUCAUCUGACGCGAGCCUCGCUGCGAUCAAGACACGGCUGGAGGCGCAGCAUCGACGCCGCGUUUCUCGUUCUCUCUUUUCCUCUCUGUCUCUCUUCUUCUGUGACGCUGCAGAACUCCACCUGCUGCCAGAGUGCAUGCACAGACUUCUGCGUCGCCGGGACUCCUGCGCUGCUCCUCUCUGCCCGCCUUGACAACCCCAAAGCUCUGCGUUGACUCUCGAGAACGCGAGACGCGUAGCCGACUGUGUGCUCUCAGGCUGCAUCAGACGAGGAACUUGCUGAUCGAUUCGCUGCAUUCGGAGAAGCGACUUCGGACGCCUCCCUUCCGGCUUCGUUUUCCUCGCUCGCCUUGCGAGCACUGGAGGAAGAAUCAGCGGGCAGGACGAGAAGAAGGACGAGAGGAAGGACGAGGAGCGCGGCGGUUGAAAACACCGACAGUGGAGAAGAGGACAACGCGAUGAUAACGGGGCACAGACGAGAAGGGGGAAGCGAGAUGGAAGCCUCGAGAGAACUGGGAAAAACGAGGAGGGAACAGGAGGGGGAACAGGAGAGGCGGGAGGACUGAGGGGAAGAGAGACGAUCAGAGGCCGGGUUAGAGAGAGAAGCCAACGGAGAGGGAGAUGGAGAAAAACAGACGGGGAGAAAUCAGGAGAUGAAGAUGGAAACAGCGCCAGCCCAGAAUCGCCUUACAGACAUGGCGAAAGAACCACAAACAGACCUGUGGCGCGGUGGCAAGCUUGACCUUUGGAUUUGGCAGAGACAAAUCUUCAUCUUUUCCUGCAUGCCUUUUCCUAGAGGUACAAGGGAAACACGAUGACGUUCUGGCGGGUGUCCGCUGGGCGUCUACGCCUCCUCUUCCAACCUUUGCGUCUCGCUCUCCGAAUGCAUUUCCUUCUCUUUUCCGGCUUCUUCUUCCUCUCCCCCUUCUUCACCGAGUCACUCGUCUUCAAGUCUCACGCGAGGUCCACUGAUCUCUGUCGCCGCAGCCAAACCUCUCCUCGUCCAUUGCCUGCUGCCCUCUCGGUCUCUUUCUCUCGCGACCGCGCUGUAAGCUACGGCCUCUUGCCUGCUCACGCGUCUCUGCUUUCUUCGUCUCGCUCUGCUCCUCCGACCUCGUCUUUGCCUUGUGCCUCAGGUCGUCCUGCCGCUGCAAGCGCCCUCAGCUCUUGGAGUCCGUUGCACUGUGCGUUUCUUGCGUCGCCGUCCGACCUCUGCGCGUCUCCCUCCGUCGCCAUAGAGCCCACGAGAGAGCGGAGCAACGCGAACCAGGCGACGCGAACUCGAAGGAACUCCAGAACUCGAUCUUUUGCUUCUCUGGCGGCUCCCGAGCCUUGUCGGCGUUCUCCAGCUGCUUCGGCGGUUCCUACCGCUCCUUCAGCUUCGCUGGCGUCUUCUUUCUCUCCCUCGUUUUCGUCUCCUUCGCUGUUCCCCUUUCAAUCUGCUUCCCCUUUUGCAGCCUCUUUUCUCCAGUCCUCCGCUGACUCCUCGUCGCCUUCUCCCUCGCCUCUGAGCUGCCUGCACACUGUGUUGGACGGAGGAACUGUGGCGCUGCGGCGGCCUUUGUCGGACGCCCAGCUGGCCGUCUUCUCGUCGCUUCUCGCGGUCGAUUUUGGAACGCAGAAGAUGGGCAUGGCCUUGCUCUCUCCCUCGGACUUCCGCUUUUCGCUGGCGCGCUUGCCUUCGCCUCCGACGCCGCCCAGGGAGGCCUCUGGUGUCCGCCAGGGGAGGAAUGCAUUUCGCCCACAAGCACCGGUCAACGAAAGCCUCGCAGAAGACAGAAAGGUUGAACAGCGAGACAGAGCAGAUGCAGAGGAAGAACAAGGGAGAGAAGCCCCAGGCGAGAGAGAGCAGGAGGCUAUGAAGGAGCAUCCUCACCGGUUGUUUGUUGAGGCAGAGAGAGAGGCGGCGAGGAGAGCGAUGGCGAAGAGAAGGAAGCGAGAGAAAGAGGAAAGAUGGAGGGAAAUGAAGAGCGCAGGACCCAUCGGCCUCCUGCUGAGCCGCGUGGAGAAGGGAGAAGAAGAGCUGCACCAUGCAGGGCGCCACAACUCUCCUCAUCUCCACACAACCAGCGAGGAAGAAGAAAUCUCGUCUGCACAACAACUUCUCCCAUACCUCGCGCCUUCGUCUUCCUCGUCGUCUUCCUCUUCGUCUUCUUCCUCUGCUACUUCUGCCUCUGCCAUUUCUUCUUCUUCUUCCUCUUCUUCUUCUUCUUUUUCUUCUUCUCUGCGUUCGGAAUUCGCAGAUCUUCCGGUUUCUCCUUUUGCUUCGUCGCUCUACGCCGUCUCGCUUCUUCGACUCUUUGUCCACGAAGGAGCAGUCGACGCCGCCGUCGCUCGAAUUUGUGCGGCGGUGGCUUCUUACGGCGUCCGUACGGUCCUCGUCGGACACCCGCGAAAUCCGCGUCUGCUCCCUCGAGUGUCCGCGCUGACGUUUCGCUCUCUGCUGUGUCGAGACUUUUCUGUUCUUCUUGCGCGGGCGCUGCUCACUCAGCAGAAGGUUUUCCUCGAGCGAGCUCCACACCACGGCUCUCCCCAAGAGACGGGAUCCCAGAGAGGCGGCUGCGAGUCUCUGAGGAACCUGCGAAGCGGCAGAGCGAAGAGAACCACCGCAUCUGUUACUCCUCCAGCUGUCAUUCUUCUCGACGAGAGUUUAACGACUGCGGAAGCCCACCGCAUGCAGAAGGCCGUCCCCGGCGAACGAGGAGCCUUUCUGGAUAGCCGAAGCGCUGCCGUUCUCGGUCGCCGCUUCGUAGACGAAAGAGGGCAUGGAGGAACUCUCGUGCUCCCCACAGCGGAAACGUUCUUUUCUCCUUCCUUCUUUUCUUCUCGCAAGAGUCUUUCAGAAUUUAAAGAGUUUUAUCGCCGACACAGCGCAAUCCGUGAGCUGUCGACGAACGUUCCAUGGGAGCUGCUUCUGUGACGCUUUGAAUCUUUUUUGCGCAAACUGUCUCUGCUUCUCCUCUCAAGAGACAGGGCGCUUUCGUCGAGUCCUUCUUGUCGCGCCUCUCUCUGAGUCUCUCGACCUGCGGAGAGACGCUCGUCUCCUUCGCUGUUUCGUUGCUCUUUUCGGUCCGAACGAGAACGAAGAGACACGGUGCACCCCCACUGUUCUUUACGUCCGAAGCAAGCAACGCGUCGUUCUCCGCUGGGCGUUUCUUCGACCUGAAGAAGACCAAGACUUCUUCCAAAUUCCC